UGACUCUCCCUUGCCUGUGACUUCACGUGUCUGUUUUGUAAAGUUCCAUGAGUCUGAGUCGGUGGGAGUAUCCCAACACCUGACGAACACCGUCUUCGUGGACAGAGCCUUGAUUGUGGUCCCUUUUGCUGAAGUGGACAAGUCAUUUGCAGAGAGCCCCUUCCUUGCUGGCUGAAAGUGGUCCUCUGCUGCCAUCAGAAAAAAAAUAUGGCACCAGGCUCGCAAGCCCCACUUCUCUUGUUCUGCAGUAAAAUAUUAACUCUUUAUUUUUUUUCUCUCUGUUCAAGGCAUCAUUUCUUUACAAAAAAAGUAGCCACACAACUCUUAAGCCAAAUACAGGGGGUUGGGAAGAGGGUGCAGGGCAACUUAAGUCCUUACAUGUUUAAAGGAUUUAAAAAAAAAAAAAAAAAAGUAUGCUGAUUAGUAGCCACACCCAGCAAGGGAUGCCCCGAGCAGAUCUGCUCAAGACUGAGCAAUUAUUUAUUUAUUUAUUUAUGGUAAAUCAAUUAGUAUCCACUCCAAAUUGAGCAACUUCUGAUCUUCUGUUUAUAUUUUUGAACUCUGGGUGCACCAGUUUUGAAAGUAUUCCGUUAUGCCUGAAACAUUUAAUGUAUAAAAUGCAUCUCUAUUCAUGAUAUCGACACUAAUGGCAUGCAUUAAAGAGAGACAAUGAUUUUAGCAGCUUUUUGUAGAACUUUUGCAUAUCUCCUAUACCUCUUGAACUUGUACUGUUUAUGUUUCAUGGCAAAUAGGUGGAUCAUUUUGCUCCACAACAGGUCAACACUGAGGUUCAUUUGGAUUUUGAUAUUUUGUGCAUCAGUGUAAGACACCAUUAAAGACCCUGCACAUACACACUGGUGUUUUCAGUUAGUGGCUGAUUACAUUUGUUUUUAGGUUCAAAUAGGAUGGGAUUCUGUGGGAGUUUCUUACACCAACAAACUCCAGUUGUAAGUUGCCCCUACUUAUCAGGUGCUUCAGGUAGCAGAAUUAAGCACAGUCUUGCUGGUCCGCAAGCUUCUCAGGAGAAGUGUAAUCAGCCAAGUGAGUGAAAACACUGGCACAGGUGUAAUGUGGCUGUUUGGGUUCUCUGUUUAUUUUAUGCGGAGCUGUUCAGUAAACAUACCCCAAAUUCAUACCUUAUUAUCGAGUCUAAUGUUGGCAUGAAGAAUGAUUUGCGUAACUUGCAUCUCAAAGGAAAAUAUAAAUAUAAGAUUAGAGCUCAGAUCCAGAAGAUACCUGUUCGGGACAUCCCAACACCAAGCACAAAGCAUGCAGGAUAGAUGAACUAAUCGGCUGUGCAUGCUAGAGUAGACGUGAAGGUGUGUGCCAUCAUCUACAGUUUCACUAAGCAGAUGUGUUGAAAGUUAAUUAGCAAAUAAUUUGGCUAUUAUGAUUAGCACCUAAACUGACUUUGGCUUUGACCUGCUUCAUGUGCCAAAGCCUUGUUUCAUUUUACACUGUGCAUCUGUAAUUCCAAAUUGUCACUAACACACAAGAGAUAAUGUAGUUUUAAGCCUCUGCUUGAUGUUGCAGUAAAAUAUGCUUUUAUUGACCCUCUCCACACAUGACUCUGAAAGAGUUGAGUGACUCUCACGUUUAACAGUGGUGUUUCUUUUGUUGUUGUGUUUUACAGUUCUUUUUCCUGGUUCAGCCAGCCCUAUAUACCAGGCCCUGCUGAAAAUGCCACCAACAGUUUUGUCUUCUGCAGCCUUAUCCUGUUUCUCAAGUGUCCUUUCUGUUGUGUGUGUGUGUGUGUGUGUGUGUGUGUGCGUGUGCGCGCGCGCAUGUGUGUGUGUCUCUCUCUCCCUCUCUCUCUCCCCCUUUUUUUAAAAUGUAAAAAAUGAGAUUACAUAAUUAGCCUGUUUUCAGAUUGCACAGCCAUGGAAGAUCAUCUUUAUAAGAUUUUCCCUUUGAUUAUACUGUUUGGUUUUCCUUCAGCUUUGGGCACAUUUUUAUUGUAUUAUCACAGCUUUUGCUUGCAAUAGCAUUAACAUGUCUAGUUCAGUUUAUCUUUGACAUUGUUUAGUGUUUUCAGUGAUUAACUAUUGGUUAAACUCUAGCAAUACAGUAGCUUCUUAGCUGUACCUAUUUCUGGUUGCAAAGUAAGUUAUUUGUUUUUUUUGUGGUGGGAUUGUACACGGUAACCACCGACAAUAGCCCAGAAAAGGUAAUAUGACCAAACCUUUUCUGUUUACUUUUUGUAUUGGUAAUGGUAAGUGAUGUUGAAAUGUACCAUUGUGUCUACACCCAAAUCAUGAACUUGUUUUCUGUAUCUCAAUGUUUUUGUGUGCUUUAUAGCGAAGCAGCCGGCGCGAGUCGCUUGUUCAUAAAACAUCUAAUGAAAGUUGAGAGCACAUCCCACGGGACAACUGGCUGUGCUUGCUUACGUUUGGUUCAUGACUUAAAAAACAAGUACAGGUGAUAAAAUCUUGGCAGUGUUGACCACAGUGUGUAUUGUGACUUUUAAACUCAUAGAUGCUAAUCCUACAAUCAAUCAUACUUACACAAAAAAAAGUCAGGGAUCAAGAUUUACAGACAAGACAAACAGUGGAUUUUUGACUAUUUUUUUUUUUUACUUCAGAGUAGUAAGACUGAGGUGGCUUGUCUGCAAGUCUUGUCUGAGUGUUGAUCAAUGUUUGCUCGGGGUUUGUACUGAAAUGUUGUCUCUCUCCAGGAGUCAUUCCUGAUGAAUCUAAAGCUAUGUCCCUGCUGGCUCCAGCCAAUGCCGUGGCAGGAAUGAUGCCUGGGGGAGGCCUUCUUCCAACACCCAAUCCUCUUGCAACAAUGGGAGGGACACCGUUCGGAGGUCUUGGAGCUCCAAACAUGGAGCAAAUGGCUGCCAUGGGAAUGCAAGGACCUAAUAUGAAUCCCCAGGCUCUUUCUGCAGACUUCCUGAAGCUCAUGCAGUCCAUGGACCCCAAACUGAAUCCAUUAGCGGCCGGACUGAACUUGAAUCCAGGGCUGAAGAAUGAUGCUUCCAAUAAGGAGAUUGAAGAGGCCAUGAAGAGAGUCAGAGAGGCCCAAUCUCUCAUUUCUGCAGCUAUUGAACCAGGAAAUAAGAAAGAUGACAAACGGAAACAUUCCCGCUCCAGGUCAAGGUCACGGCGCAGGCGGACUAGAUCUCGCUCAAGACACAGACGAUCAAAGAGCAGGUCUCGGCGGAGGUCCCAUUCUAGGAGUAGGAGGAGGUCAAAGAGCCCACGAAGGAGGAGGUCCCACUCCCGGGAAAGAGGCCGCCGCAGCAGAUCAAGGGACAGGAGAAAGGAGGAAAAGUCUAAAAAGAGGUCUAAGACACCCCCCAAGAGCUACAGCAGCGCCAGGAGGUCUCGAAGCAUUAAUCGAAGGCACAGGCGAAGCCGCACUGCAUCUCGAUCCCCUAAGAGGAGGGUGUCCAGGUCUCCAUCACCCAGGCGACAUAAGAAGGAGAAAAAGAAGGACAAGGAACGUGAAAAGGACCGGGACAGAGAAAGGAGGGAGGACAGGGACCGGAGCCGAGAUGAAAGAGAACGCUCCACUAGUAAGAAGAAGAAAAGCAAAGACAAGGAACGAGACCGGGACCGCAAAUCAGAUAGUGAGAAAGGAGAUGUUAAGGUGACUCGCGAUUAUGAUGAAGAGGAGCAAGGUUACGACAGCGAAAAAGAAGUGGAGGAGGAUGAUGACGAGAGGAAGAGCGACUCUGAUUCUGCCUCAUCCCCAAAAGGCCAGGAAGAGAUGGAGAGAUCUGAGGGACAAAUCCCCAAAAAGUCCAAGCUGAAUGGAGAUGAUCACCAUCAGGAAGAUAUGGAAAUGAGCGACUAAGAACAUCCUGAAUCUGAUUGUGUUAUCCUCCCACUGUCCCCUUUUUUAUAUUUUUAAUAUAGGUCACAUGUCUGUGCCUGAUCUCAAGAAGUAUAAAAGAUGUGUUGUCUUAAAUGUAUAAGCAUUUGGGGUGUUUGUAGAAGGAAGAAAGUCAAAUUUUGUAUAAAUAAAAAAUAGACUUAAGAUUUGAUUAACAUGAGACGUGGUUUUAAAUUGUCAGUACUGUACUUUUUUAAGACCCUUAUUAUUAUUUUUGUUGCCUUUGUGUUCAAACUUCGUCCACCUACUGUAGAAAAUACACAGAAUUAUUCAGUAAAAUGUUGUCUCUAAAUAUUUUACAAGUCAACACUGAGUCCUUUCCUUCCUCAGGCUGUAAGUAACUCUUCACCCAGCACCAACUUUGUGUCAAGUUUUUGGUUCGGCUGAAUUUUUGCUUUAAGUGCAACACACCCGGUCCUGUUCAGCAGGCCUUCCUAUUUACACCCCUAUGUAAGUGUACAAUGUAGAUUGAAACGUGUUGUUGCAAUGAAAUACUUUGUCUGCAUUAGGUUUUCCAAAGGAGACUAAUAAAAAAAUGGUGAAAAUGUCA